UGUAUUUGACCUGUGUGACAGAGUGACAACUUUAAUAUCUUGAACUUUCGGAAUCUUGAACUUUUGGAACAACAACAUUAGUGGUAUCUUCGUGGACCUCUAUUUGACCUGUGUGGCAAAGUCUCUUUCGGAUCUCUAUUUGACCUGUGUGGCAGAGUGACAACUUUAAUAUCUUGAACUUUCGGAAUCUUGAACUUUUGGAACAACAACCUUAGUGGAUACCACAAUUGCUGCCGACCUAAAAGAGACCAACAAAAAGCGGAAAAAGCUGAUGGAAGACAAAAAGAAGGAAGAGAAUAAACUGGCUGAGUUAAAGGCGUUGCCAGAAAAAAAUGCAAAAGAAAUUGCAGAAUUGCAAGCUCUAGCAACACGCUUGGAAGCUGACCGAGUGAAAGAAGAGGCACAGAGGGACAAAAUCUUGGCCUCUUUACGAACUGACACAAAGAGCCUUCAGGAUGAUAAAGAUAAGCUCCAAGCCAAGCAAAUUGAUUUGGAGAAGACGGCUGAUGAUGCCAAAGCAAAGUGUGAUUUAGCACAGUCAGAGUAUGACAUUUAUUUAAGUACAGAAAGGAAGGAAAAAGCUAAGAUGGAGCAGUUGACUGCCAGUUUGGAGACAACAGAGGCAUCUUUGAAAGAAAAACAAAGGCAAAUCAAUGAGAUUAAAGGAACUUUGCCCAAAGACGAGGAGACUCUGAAAACAGCUGAGUCUCAGCUUUCAGAGUUACGGCCACAAGAAACAAGUGUCCAAGCAGAGUUGAGAACCAAAAGGAAUGAAGUUGAUGAAAAACGUUCAACGAUGCAAGCAAACAGAUCUCGCAACCGAGUCCUUGAUUUUAUUCUCCAGUUGAAAGCAGAAGGUCGUGUCUCAGGAAUUUUCGGCCGAUUGGGUGAUCUAGGUGCGAUUGAUGAAAAAUAUGAUGUUGCGGUUUCGAAGGCCUGUGGAGCUCUGGACAAUAUUAUUGUUGAUACAAUCGAAAAUGUCAAUCACUGUAUCCAAGCACUGAAGCAGCAAAAUGUAGGGCGAGCUACUUUCAUUGCCUUGGAAAAAAUGGAACAUCUUCGUCCAAAAACCAAACAAAAAAUCAAAACUCCUGAAAAUGUGCCAAGACUCUUUGAUCUCAUGAAAAUUCCUGAUGAACGAAUGAAAACUGCUUUUUACUUUGGAGUUGGAGAAACACUGGUCGCAAAUAAUCUAGAUCAAGCUUCAAGGAUUGCAUACGAAAGUGGUGUAAGGCACCGAGUUGUCACACUCAAAGGAGAAAUUAUUGAACCUACAGGUACCAUGUCUGGAGGAGGCAACUAUGUGAUGAAAGGUCGUAUGGGAAGUUCAGUUAAAGACCUGGAAGUAAGUUCACCCGGAGAAAUGAAGAAACUGGAGUCAGUUGUUGAGAAACUGGAACAAAAGUUCCAGACCAUACGACAGCAAUUGCAUGCCUUGGAGGAAACGCAGUCAUACUUGUCCCCAAGAAUCAAAGCCAAUAAAACAAAUCUCAACAAAUACAAUAUGGAGUACGAGAUGCUGUCCAAACAAAUUCCCCUGCUUAAAGAACAAAUCAGCAAACAGAAAGAUGUUACAGAAGAAGUAAAAGCAGAUCCAAAACAAGUGAAGCAGUUGGAGUUUGUCGUUCAGAAAGCAAAAAAAGAAUUUGAAAAAGCGAAUGAAGCUGCCAAAGAAAUUGAAAACGAGGUGAAAGAAGUACACUCAAAAAUCAUGGAGCUAACUGAAGGCAAGAUGAAAACUGCAAACAAAAAACUAGAUGAAGUAGUGAAGAAAUUAGACAAAACGAAUUCACAUGUCAACCAGCUAAGUGUUGGAAUCAAAACUGCUGAAAGGAAUGCGAAGAAAGCUGAAGACCGUAUUGACAAUUUAACUCAUGAGAUCGAAGAAGCGCAAAAUGCCAUGUUGAAAAUGAGUGAAGAGAAAAAGAAAAUGGAAGCAGAAGUAACACAACUAUUAGAAGAAACUGAAGCCAUAUCGAGGAAUAUUGUGGAGAAGGAAGACGAAGUCAAAGAGGCACAGAAAGGCCUUGCUAGUGUAUCCAAAAAUUCGAAUGAGCUCAAAGCAGCCAAACUCAAAGAAGAUCAGAAGGUUGAAACUGUCAAUGCAAAAAUCAAAGCUGUCAGAGACAAGAUUCCUCACUUGCAAAACAAUUUGAAAAAUUGUCACUACACGAAUUUCCAGAAAUUCAGCCUGUGUGGCAUUUAAAAAUUCAAAAUCAAGGAGGCGAUAAUCAUAUCAGACCCAAAAGUGUAUUUAUUAUUAGAAUCAUAUCAGACCCAAAAAGUCACCUAAAAUAAUUUUUAGAGAUGAUUUUGAAUUUUAUUCUGCAAGUGUAAAUAAUUAUGAAGUUCCAGAAUCAUUUGAAGAAGCUAUUAAGUGUAAAGAUAAGAAAUUAUGGAUAGAUGCUAUGAAUGAAGAGUUUGAAAGUAUGAAAGAAAACGGUGAUUGGGACUUAGUGGAUCCUCCAGAAUUCACUAAAGAUACUAAAUGGGUAAAAGAUACUAAAUGGGUAUACAGAAUCAAAUCAGAUGGAAAAUAUCGUGCUCGCUAGUAGCUAGGGGUUUUCAAAAAGUGUGUAAGUAAGCAAUUUAUGGAUUACGAGAAAGUUUGCGUUGGUAAUGAAACCUUAUUUUUAUUUGUUCAUGAUAUGGCAAUAGUUUUGAAUUUCCAGGUAAAUGGAAGAAUAUUUAAAAGUGAAUUGAAGAAUGUUUUCUAUGUGCCUGAGCUAAAGAAAAACUUACUUAGUGAAACAAAAUUUUUUUUUAGAUGAUCAGUAUGAAUUUAUAAUUCAAAAUCAAAGUGCAAUGAUGCAAAAUAAUCAUGGCGAAUUCGUAGGUAAAAAAUUUAUUUGUUUUAAACGCUAAAUUCAGUAGAAAAGUGGCAUAGAAAACUAGGACAUAUAAAUUUCCGUGAUUUACAUGUGUUAAGAUUCAAAAAUUUGCUUUUAAAUUUGCCAAUUCCUUUGUUAAACACACUGAUGUAAAUGGGCCCAGUAAUCCUGUGGGAUCAAGAAUUUACAAGUCUCAUGGAAAUUCAAUCAGGCAUAAACUUGCAAAACUGAAAUGUGAUAAUGGCACAGAGUAAAAUAAUUUUUUGGUAAACUGGUAAAGAAAUUUUUUAUUCGUAUAUUGCUGUAUCAUUAUCUCUUAGUGAUAUUCUCUUUUUUAAGUAAAUUUGUAAAGGUGCUUCACAAAUUUAAGGAGGCGUGUUGGAAUAUCACCGUAUCAGCAUUAUCAACAAGUGAAUCGGUCUCACUCUCAUUAACCUUAAUUACUUGAUCGACAAGAUAACAGAAAACUCUCUAUUGAACCACUUGUUGUAAUUCCUGUGUGGAUGAAAGUUGAUUAAAUGAGUCACUAUGAAAA